AUGAUGAAAUUCUGGAAGAGUCCCGCUUUUUGGACUGCCACCAUUGCUAUUUUGGCAUACUGGGAUGAUGAAGCGUUGAAUGGCGGCUGGGUAUACGACGAUGCCGGCUCUGUCAUUAAAAAUGUUGUCGUCAAUGGACAAGUUCCGUGGAAGGAAGCCUUUACGAGGGAUUACUGGGGAUCGCCCAUGGCAGAAGAACAAUCGCACAAGUCAUUUCGACCGAUUACAACUUUGUCGUUAAAAGCGAAUUAUGUGCAUGGAAUGAAAUACGCGGAAAAGGAUGCCAAAUAUCCACCAACCUAUUGGUUCCAUGUGGUGAAUGUGCUGUUGCAUGGGCUCGUGACGGCACUAAUAACGAGAGCAACUUCUUUUGUUUUCGUUAACGAUGUGGUAUCACAAUUGAUUGUUGGGUUCUUGUUUGGCUUGCAUCCAGUCCACGCCGAGGUGGUUUCCAACAUUACAAGUCGGGGAGAAAUGCUCAUGAGCAUCUUUCAUCUAAUCGCCUUUUUGAGUUUUGCGAGUUGCAUUCAAAAGGAAAAAGGAGGAGAAGCACAACAGUUUGGCAUUUCAUCCUUUCUUGGGAUCUAUAUCAUCCCUUGGGUGUUCAUGACACUCUCCUUGUUUUCGAAAGAGCAAGGUGCAACAACAUUGAUUACGUUGGUCCUGUAUGACUUUUUGCAACAUCAUGGAAAAGUAUUGGUGCUGCUGGACAAACUAAAAGCGAAAGACAAGGAUGCUUGGACCUUUACAUUUCGAACCAUCUUUCUAGCGAUACAAACCGUCAUCGUGGUCCUCUGGCGUUACAUUCUCAAUGGUGAAACAUCCCCUGAUUUUAUCGUAGAACAGAAUCCUGCGGGAUUUGCGGAAGAUCGCUUCACUCGAUGGUUUUCCAUCACUUGGGUCUACUGUCUGUACAUUCGAGAUUCGAUCUAUCCCAUGUAUUUGAGCCCCGAUUGGUCCGGACUGAGCAUUGAUUUGAUUGAAAAGGUAUCGGAUCCAAGAGCCUUCAUUGUCAUGUGUCUGUGGUAUUUUUCGGGGGUUUCCUUCUGGAGCAUGGUGGUGGGAGGUGACUCCUUCACCAAGAAAGAAAACCUGACUCAAAAGGUAUGGGACGCAGACGCCAUGAAGAUUACUAACAUGGCAGUCUGGGCAUUCACCUUUAGUCCCUUUUUGCUGUCGUCGAACAUUUUGGUCGUGGUGGGUUUGAUGAAAGCCGAUCGAGUCAUUUAUCUUCCGCUCUUUGGAUUCUGCAUUCUCGAAAAUCUACUGCUGAAGAAGUUUUUGAUGAAGGAUGCCCAAACUAUGCCCAUGGUCAUGCAAACGAAAGAACACUGGAAGUUUGCAGCAGCAUACUUUCUUAUCAUCUUCCAACUUUCAUUCUUCUGCGCACGCACACAUGAGCGCAACCUAAGCUGGAGUGACUCGCUAAAAUUGUGGUCGGCUGCAUAUGCGGUCAAUCCCAGAAGCCACCACACGAUGUAUAAUUUCGGAUAUGAACUCUCCAUCAAGCGACGGUUUUCGGAAGCAGAAUAUGUAAUGCGACCAAUUGGUAAUGCUCGGGUGCAAGGACCAUCCAAUACCUUUGUGUAUGCCAUGGUUCUAUUCAACCUUGGCAAGUGCGACGAUGCCGAUCGAUUGCUAGAUAUUGCCUUCGAUGUGAUUGAUGAGAAGCGAGCUGCGGGAGGUGUUCGUGAUACUGAAUCCUCACUAGCUAGAACAGAAUCCAACUUAUUGGUAGCCCGAGCUCAUUGCGAAAAAGAUUUCUAUGAGACUGGGAAGAUACUGUACGACGCAGUCCAGACGGACCCCAGUAACGAGUACGCUAUUGGUCUGGCUACAGAACAGAUGAAGAAGAUAGAGCGAUACGAGAAAUUGCAUGCUCAAGGUACCUAA